UCCCAAGGCUCUGGACUUUUUUCAAGCUUUUUUAUUUUCAACUUCAAAUAUUUAAAUAAUACACUGUAGUAAUCAGUGUUCCUCUUGACUUGAUGGUGGCCAUUUUGGCCAAUUGUAACCCAUGAAAACAUUUUAAAUUUCUUGUUUUUUUAAAGACCAAGUUCACAGAAAAAAACAUUUUUACUUGUUUUUUUUAAAUAUGAAUUAUCACUCAGAGUUUAACAUACAGGAUAAAUAGUGAAACAGUGCUCUUUAAAAAACUUUAGGGGACAUGCGUUGGAAAAAUUCACCUUUUGCUUCUUUUAUGCUGCCAUUUCUACUGCCUAUAUAAACACUUCAAACAUGAAAGAAAUGCCCAUCUGUUUUCUGGUUUAACAAUUAUAUGCCUAAAACAAGCUGUUUAAAAAAUACCCUGUUUGUGAUGUCACAGGUGGGGAAAUUAGAAUAAAACCAGUUCUAUCCUGGAAUAGAGCAGCUACUACUCCAAGCCCCUCCCGGUUAUUGGAGCUUCUCAGCUUGUAGCAGCCAUGAGCAGGGGAGGGGUGGGCGUGGCCAGCUCCAACUUGUUUUCUUAAAGUAACAGAGCGCUUAAACGGCUCACUCUGGAAGGUCAAGAAUUAAACUGCAAAAUGCACUUUAUAUGGGAGGGAUUUUGUCCAAAGAACUUCAUAAACAUGUUUUGUAUAGACCAUAGAACUGUUAUUACUAAAAAAAACACAUAAUGUCUCCUUUAUCUUCAUCAGUUGCCUUAUAGACUUGUUAUAACUGUACUUUUUUACUCCACUUUUUACUUAAUCUACUCAGUUUUACACCAAAAUUCCCCCACUGAGGGACAAUAAAUGACUUUGCCACUGAAACACGUCAGCUUUUCUCUUUUGAUCGCUGUGAGAUGAUGCAAAAGUGCCGAGUUGUGUUAGUAAAAUAUCUGCAAGUUUGUAGCCUAAUGAACUAGACCAAAUUCUUGCUUUGCAAAGAAUGGUCUAGGCAUGCUCCAUUGGAACCUCAGCAGCUCCUACCAGGACUCUGGCUAGCCAAUCACAGCUCUCUAGAUGGUUUCAAACACAUAAAGAGCUGUGAUUGGUCCAUAAUGGUGGGCCAAUCAUAGUGCUCUAUCUGCUUAGUGAACAAAUCACAGAGCUUUAUCUGCUUUGUGGGCCAAUCAGGGCACUCUAUGUGCCUGGUGGGUGGGAUGAUGCAACAGAGUGAAACAAGAGUAUGUCACAUUCAUUGUCCAGUGGAAUGAGGAGAUCAUUUGAAAGACAACGGUAGAACCCGCCCCACAACCGAGAGCCGUCAAUGGAGCAUGGCCAGACUAAAUAAUACAUUUAUUUAGUCUGGCUUGCCAGGCUAGCAAGUUUGCUCAUUCCAUGAAAUGUUACAUUUAUGCUCAGGUAAAGCCGGGCGUACACUGUGAGACUUUUUCACUUUUUUGAGCCGAUUUUCCACGAAAAUCCACGAGAUUGGGGGGAGUUUUGCGCCGAGCGCCGCGUGUACAGGGGGUUACGAGAGGCGAUUAACACCACGUGACCAGCUACCGAUCAGCAAUCGUGAGCUCGCACAAACUUCUGGCGCGUUUGAUAUUUCGCUUGUCCCUCGUGAGGGUAUCGCACUGUUGAAGCGGUGCUGCGAGCAGCUGCGACCCAAAAAGUAUCAGAACCGCUCACGGCGCAUGCGUAAUCCUGCAUCAACACCGCUCACCCGCUAUUUCCCUAAUAACACACGCUGUUCAUUUUUGUUUCUACACGUUUUUUUUACUCACAGAGAUUGUCAAGAAAGCGUGUUUGUCGUGUUCAUGUCAAAUUAAACUGAUGACUAAACACAGAUUUACUUUCUUUAUUUCGUUUUCCUCAUCCAACCCCCAUAAACCCCUGUGUGUCCUCCUGCAGCACUCCCGAAGGACAACAGGCAAAACAAGACAAAACAGUCUGACGUGUUGAGUAAAAACUGCUAUUUUUAGCACAUUUUUAGGUCCGACGUGUUGCUACCAGACGUAUGAGCGCAUGACUCGUGAGAUCUGCCCUGCGAGGAAGUCGUACAGUUUGAGCUGAAGCUGAGUGCUACAAGUGAAAAAGUCACACAGUGUCCGCCCGGCUUUAGAAAGGGGAAAUCUAGUCUAAAAAACAAAAAAAGUUAAACCUGUGGUAAUUUUAUUUACUCUGAAACGUCAGAAGUGGAAGCGGCUCACUCAUUAAAGGAAGCGGCUCACUCAUUAAAGCUCAGGCUUGUGUAUAAACAUACAAAUAAUUUUUUUAAUGGGAAAUCAUGCACGAGAAUGCAACGCUGAGACUGAAACGGUUUUAGAUAUAACCUGCUGUGGUGCCUUGUAUCCAGGAGCCCAGUGCAGGAAUGUAGGAACCUGUGGUCCCGGAGGGGCUGGCCCAUGUGGCUGGGGAGAGGGAAGUCUGGGCCUCUCUGCUCUGGAAAUGUGUUUUUCUUUAUAGAUGACCUUUUUGAAAUAUGACCUUGUUUCAUCAGAGCUGCCAGCUUGAAGUAUGGCGUGACCACCUGCUCUCAGAGUGAAUUUGGACCACCCCUGUUUUUGAGAAGGGAAAUAAAUGAUGGCUGGGGAACUGUAGUCAUUUUCCAACAUUGAAUAAUCAUAAUAGACCAGGAAAGGAAAUCUAUCACCUUCACCAAUAAUAAUUACGGAAUUACAUUUUUGGGGUAGUAUUGAAAGGAGAAUUUUGUCUUUCAUCUUAAAAAGUUUGGACCCCACAACUCUAGAAGUUUAUACACUCAUGUAAAUCCUGUAAAAAUCCGUAGAGGAGGUGGGAAGCCUAAUCCCACAGAGGUCUCCUGGCACCCACCCCCAUGUUUACACCACAUGGGGAGUUGGGAAGGCAGAAACAAAAAGAAGCCUUUCCUGUUUCAGUAAUCUAAUCAUGAAGAUCUAAACUGUAGGCGCAGGUGAGGGAUUAUUGGUCCGCUCCAUGAGAAAGUCCUGAGAAGGGUCCGCUCCCCCUCCUGAGCGGAACUCGGACCGGCAGCCCCUCCCCGCGGACCCACGCACCAGACCAUAGUUUCCUUUAACUGCAUUGUUGGGGGAAGAAGCCACGGCAGAGAGGAUCAAACAGUCCCAGCGGUCGGUACGAGCCCAGAUCUAUUCUCAUGGAAAUCAGACCCUGCCUCCAGGCGGCACUUUACGCGCAGAUGCAGCGCUGAAGGCGCAUUCCCAUCUAGGACGGCGCGUGAUGAGGGAGUCUCUGUGUUCCUGAUUUCUUCCUUUAUUGCCCCGUUAUUUUCCCGUUUCUCUGCUGCUGCCCGCCUCCCUUUGCAAAAUGCAGGAGUUCACGCGCUGCCUUGUUUUCUGCGCGCUCCUGGGCCCCGUUUACGCAUCGUGCCCGCCGCGCUGCGAGUGCUCAGAGGCGGCGCAAACCGUCAAGUGCGUCUCCAAAGACCUGCGGAGCGUGCCCACUGGGAUCCCCGGAUACACCAGAAAUCUGUUCAUAACCGGGAAUCAGAUCAGCCGAGUCGGUCCGGAGUCCUUCAUGGGUCUGAGUAAUGUGACCAACCUGUCCCUGAGCAACAACAGAAUUUCCGAGGUUGAAUCCCACAGCUUCGCUGGACUCCUCCGCCUUCGCUCCCUGGAUCUGAGCAGCAAUCAGCUGGCUGUCAUCCAUCCUGAAGCCUUCACGUUUCACAACCAGUCUCUGCGAGAGCUCAACCUCAGCCGGGCUCUCUACAACCGCUCGUCGGUGACAGCCCUGGCUACGUCUCUGCGCUGCAGCUCCAUGGGGAGCCUGCGGUCCCUGGACCUAUCUGACAACAGCCUCAUCUAUUUGCCUUCUCAUGUGUUUUCCCACCUGAGCAGUCUGCGGAGACUCCAGCUCUCCAACAAUUCUCUGGUGGCCAUCCACAACUCUACCCUGUCUGGUUUGGAGCAACUUCAGGAGCUUGACCUGAUGCUCAAUGCCCUGAAGACACUGACUGAGGAGAGCCUGCGAGAGCUGGACUCCCUACCCAACGCUGCUCUUCUUCUGGGGGAAAACCCUUUCACGUGCACAUGUGAGAUUGAGCCUUUUGCCCUUUGGCUCAACAGGUCACAGGAUCGCAUCAGAGAUGCCGAAGACCUGGUUUGUUCCUUCCCAGCCAGCAUGAGGAACACCUCCAUACUGGCUGCGGGAACGCUAACUCUGGGAUGCUACCAGAGGGAUGCAAGAGCAGAUCUUGCUUUACAGACCUCUUACGUCUUCUUGGGAAUCGUUUUGGGUUUCAUAGGCCUCAUUUUUCUAUUUGUGCUUUACCUUAACCGCAAGGGGAUCAAGAAGCGUGUGUACGACAUGCGGGAUGCCUGCAGGGAGGUGUGGGAAGGCUACCACUACCACUUUGAAGUAGACUCUGACCCCAGGUUGUCACAGGUCUCCACAGAUGCAGAGAUAUGAGAGACAAUCAAUUUUUCUCUUAUCAAAAUUACUUUUCAUGAAUGCAUUUGUCAGCAGCUGAUUGUAACAAAACAUACAGAUGUGUCUGUAAAUAUGCACCAAACAGUAUUUCUAUUAGCCUUGUUGGAUGAAGCAUGCACUCUUGAGCUCAGUGGAGAAAAGAAAAAAUGACAUUUUUCACUUUUUCAGUAAAACUAACAUAAAGGGAAGUGCCUAGAGUCGGCUCAGCGUCCAAAUUAAACCCAAAACACUGAGAUUUUCUGUUCCUAUUUAGGUAAAAACAGAAAACACACCACUGCAUUAUAAUUCUAACACUAUCAAAACAAACCUUUAGGAAUUUAAAGCACAAACAGACUCAUUCAUCUUUGAUCCUUUUCAAGCCCUUUUGGUCCAUUUGGCCUCCCUACCCCAGGGUGCCAAAGAGGAAUUAACUCACCAAAAGCUUUUUCUCCCCAAAGCUCCACUUAAAACCUGCUUUUCUUUGGCUGUUGGAUUAGAAGGAAAGGAGACAAUUCAGCACAGGCCAACGGAAAUCUCUCCACCCCUUCAUUUUUCCCCCUUCCUUCUUCUUCAUGAAACUUUGCUUUGUUUCAACUCCUAGAGUUUUAUUGUCAGGGUGAUGAGAACCAGUCCUGCGCUGAGAGCAAUCUGCCUCUCUCUUAAAGGAGGCUGUUUGAAGGAAACAGUCUGACUCUCCAUGUUUUUCUGUUUAGGGCCUUUCUUUUCUUUUUUUCCACCCCGGUGAUAAGAUACAGAUGAUUCUGAAACACCAGCUACACUAGCCUCUUUCACAAAACACUUCAAGCUGGGCCAGAGACCCUUCUGGCUCUCUGGCUGAGAUUCCUGAAAAGAUUGAGUCAGCAUGGGGGGUGCAGUUACACUGAUGCCCUGAGGCACCUAGAGAGGUACUAACAGCUCCAAGCGACGCCAGUCCGUCUGAAGCCAUGUGCACACCUAGCCGCGUUUUUAUAAAACUGAAUAUCUUCCCCCUAAACUCGUCCCCCUUUACAUUUAUCCCAAUGCGACUUGAACUGAGCGCUGCUCAGGACUAGCCAAUAGCAUUAAGCGUGGUUUAUGCAUGACACAUUCACUGUCCGCUUGGUGAUGCGGCUCGUGGAUGGAACGCGCUUCACAGCUCGCAGCGUUUAUGGUUCAUGCGGCUCGUUUCUGCAGUGAGCCAAUAUCCUCCCAAACUGCAGGGGGCAGCAUGGAGCUCCAUGGCAUGCAUCCAACACUACACCAUAGUAGAAGUAGAAAUUACUGUUUACAACAUGGCAUUCCAGCAUUUUUAACAGCGUCCUCGUCUUUUCCGACAGUGCGAGCUAUUUCUCUCCAAGAAUUAUUAACAACAUGUUGAUCACGGUGAUCUCUGAGAGCUGAAUCAUACAAAUGUCUGUGUUUACGAACCUCUGCCAUACUAGUUCUUGCCGGUCCGCCAUGUUUUUCCGCCUCCGACCGUCCGCGUGGUUAGAAAAUUUCCUAGGUGCGCGGUGCGGAAAUUUUGGGCCAUGCGGAGGUGCGGUGGAGGGGCGUGGUUGUUAAAAUGACGCAAUUUCGCCACGCGGACCCGUGCGGACCUCGCGGACGCGUCAAGCAUAAACCAACCUUUAGACAACGGCCCACGUACAGGUGUCAAUCAUAAAGCCUCUUUUAGAAAAGAAUGCUGCAAAUUUACUGCAACGCUGCGGCAGCAUCAUGGAGGUUAAGAUCGUUUAUAAGUGGUCAGACCGUGGCGGUAAUGUUGCGCUACCGAGUCCUAUUUACAAAAGAUUACUCCGUGUCGGUAUAAAGGGGGGUGGUCUCUGCGCUGCCGUGGACUUCCGUUUAACUUGGACGUAACUUGCUUUUUAUUGAGAUCACAGCUGCGGCCAUUAAGUUUUUUUAACAAGCCACCUGUCCUCCACAGUCCGUUUUUAUUUUCAUGUUCAAUAUAAUUGCUGGCCGGACUGGAGCUCGGCAGUAACUCCGCAAGUGAUCAUGACAACACCUCUGUUACACCAAGGCGUAUUAUGCAUUUACAAGUCUACGUGGUGGCAUGCCGUGUUCAUUAGGCACACCGUGGCGGCAGUAUAACGCUGAUUUGCCAGCAUAGUGUGUCUUCUAAAAGGGGAUAUAUAGCGUGUGACAGCAUUUGAGGGAGUACCUCGACACAAUCAGAGUUGGUGACACUUCGAAUGGACAAGUAAGUCUUUAAAACAUAUGAAUAAAUACCCUAACAUGAGAAUAAUAAUGAUUAAACAAUGUGUUUCAGCUCUUAUGGCCAGCUAGCGGUGUGCAUUCAUGAACGAGAGGGGUUGCUUUUCGUCAUAAAUAUGAAAGUGGUGACAACAGUUUAAGGUGGAAUACAUGUCAGUUAAAAGAUACUCUAGAUUAAUGCAAAAAGAUCAAAUGCCAUGUGAAGCACAUUCAUUGGCACGCCAAGACUGUAGGUGGCAGUAUAUACCCAAAUCGUCUGCAGUCUUCCCUUGUCCCUUGGAAAUGGACAAAAAAAACAUCUUCAACGUCGUCCUUCACUUAUGUUUUUAUACGAUGAGCUGCAAUAGAGCUUGUAAAAACAAGCGAGUAGAAACACAGGUCCUCAAGCAAAUGCUGACAAUGGAGAAUUUGCAAAAAAGUCUUUUUUGGUGUUGUUUAUCUGCUCUUUAUGUGGACAUCCGUAGAAAACAUCUUUGUUUUUGUGAAACACCCAGCCUCAUGUGUCCAGGGCUUGAGUGACCUAAUAACCAUAAUCGUUGCUAAUAACAACAGUGUCCGUUUUGGGGGAAAGUCAUUUUUUUAUGCAACAUUGAAAUCCCAAGUCUUUAAUUUGACUCACAUGUUCAAACUGAAUGAGUUCCAGACGGCAGUAUCACUCUUGUUUUGCUUCUUUCUAAAUGACAAAAGCAAUUCUCUUUGACGCUCCAAAUUCAGAUCAAAAGACGAGAUGGCGACCUGCCAUUCCUCAGUGUGUUUAUUACCCAAAUUACUGUGUGUAUUUAGAGUGGAUAUGGGGCGGGGUUGCAUCUGAGCAGCAUCUUUAUCCCAUCAAGAUGUCCAAACCUCUCUGAGAAGGAUCCAGAAAUGUUCACAUCACGCUGGGGCCUUUUUGGUGUUUUGAAAACAGCAAAAAUGAAUGUACUCCUGUUGUUUGGACUGAAGUUUAUAUUUCCUCUUAGGCCAGUACUUAGUCGCUGAGAUAUCCCGUAAAUUGGUAGCUCAGAGGGCGAGCGAGUCUAAGGGGCAUAGCCAUGAUGCUCAUUCCUUUUCUGCGUUUCUCAGUUAUGGAAUAGCAUCUAAAAGUCAAGCGCGCCAGUCCAGCUGUUGAUUAAAAUCACAUUAUUGUUCAUAACUGCAUGUGGGAGGAAAAUCCCAGGAGGAGUUUUGGUUUUACACAACACAACAGUUUGCUGCAUGUCAUUAACUCUCAUUAUACUCAUUAAAUUAUGCAAUAAACAGUC